AUGAGGAUCGCGACCACAUAUGGCCGCAUAAGAACGUUACUGAGAGACAACCUAAAAGGCACAUCCGAGUUUCUUCUACCAGACGUGAUACACAAUCGCAUUCAAACUGUGCUGAAAAGCUCAUCCGAUCUAAACGAUACGGACCUACGGAAGAUCCGUAUACUCUACAACAUGCUCAAGACUGCAAUAAAAAACGAAAAAGCAUUGCUAGAUAAGAAGUUAACAGAGAAAAAGCCUGUAGAGAGAAAGGUUAAAAAGGAUAAAGAGAAAAAAGAAGAAAAAGUUAAAACUGCAACGGAGGAAAAGAGAGAGCAGUUAGUGAAGAAAGUUAGAGGGAAGAAGAGAUAUGUGGUGUUUAUAGGAAACCUACCACUAGAUAUCAAUAAAGAAAAGAUAAUCAACCACUUCUCCGAGAUGAACGAACACAUCGUAGACGUGCGGAUCCCCAAACAAAAGGAAGCCAAGAAGAGCGCCAUAGCCUAUGUCGAGCUCAAGAACGAACCUAGCUAUGAGUUGGCAUUGUCUAAACACCACUCAAUGCUGGGCAACCGGAGAAUCAAUGUGCUGUACUCAACACAAACGAACAGCAAAAUUACUAAAGCAGAAGCAAAAAGUAAAUCGGCGAAGCUUGUAGCCCUCCAGAAGUCUGGGAAACUUAUUGGAAGCACCCCAGCUGUCAAGAAACGGAGCCACCGCCGCGCUAUACUCAAGAAAGCUCGCGCGAAAGAAGCUCAAUCGUGAUACAGAUUAUAUUCCGUUGAAGUAGCAUUGUUAUAAGUUCAAUUGUUAAAAAAACAGUAAAAUUUACCUAUU